AUGAGGCUGGUUAGUCUACUUCAAUUUGCUUUUGCUCUCCUUUCGGGCUCAGUAAGUGGUCAACGCGACUCGGACCUCUACACUCAAGCGGGGUAUCAUGUGGUGUUCUCGUAUCGCGGAAUAGAGCCUCCAACCCAGCUGCUCGAUCUCAUCAAGCAAGGGAAAGUCGGUGGAAUCAUUUUUUUUCGCGAAAAUGUCAAUCAAGAGCUCCCGCAGGUCAUCACCCGGCUUCAAGACACUUACCGUCAAAGUGUUGCCUACUCGGGACGGCCGCUCCUAAUGAUGGUCGACCAGGAGGGAGGCCGUGUCCGCCGACUUCCCGGGGGACCAAAUGCAACGGCCAAAGCAAUCGGACAAUCUCGUUAUCCUCUGUUUAAGGCGAUUGAAGCAGGGAAAGAGGCAUCUCAUGUUCUGAAAGCCCAUAAAGCCAAUACCAAUCUCGCCCCAGUGCUCGACGUGUAUCGCAAAGAGGGUAAUUUUAUCGACGAAUACCAAAGGUCAUACAGCAACGACUCACACAUCGUAGGCCUCUGCGCCAUGGGGUUCAUCACUGCGCAACGGGAAUCCGGGAUUAUCUCCACGGCAAAGCACUUUCCCGGCCUUGGGGCUGGCACCAAGAACACGGACUUGGAACCAGACACCAUUGACCUUACGCUCGACGAACUUCGCUUGGUGGAUAUGGCUCCAUACCUGGGCGCAAUCGCAGCGGGCGUAGAUAUGAUCAUGCCUUCUUGGGCAAUCUACCCGGCGGUCGAUCCCAAAUUCCCAUCUGGCCUGAGUAAAGCGUGGAUCAAAGGAGAGCUUCGGAACACGCUUGGAUUCAAAGGUGUGACUGUGACCGAUGCCCUGGAGGCGGGGUCUCUGAAGGCCUUUGGAAAUGACGCAAGUCGUGGAGUAUUGGCGGCACAGGCCGGCAUGGACAUCAUCCUAGCCUCUGCGCGCAACGUAAGUCAAGGCGAAUCCAUUGUGAACGCGCUCGUAAACGGGUUGAAGGACGGAUCUGUGCCGAAGGAGGAGUUUGAUCAAGCGACAGAACGGAUCAUGAAGCUUCGUCGCCGGCUUCGUUUCUGA